UUUCGGUCAUAUGUUCCUUCCUCAGUACGGGAUUUUAUCAGGAUGACUAGUGGGCGUUUAUCAGAUUUCUAAAUUGUGUACCUCACACAAUACACGCACAAAGGUGACGCAGGUAGUGUAGCAGCAGCAGGUCACUGUUACAGGAAACGUACCACGGUGUCAUACUAAAUGGCAGGCUGCAGUUAGUCUGGGUAGUUCGCGUAUAGGAUAUAGGAUAUUCACUAUCACAAAUAGCCAAGCUCAACUCGAACUGCGCCCAGAUUAGGUUUACAAGGGAGAGUUAUAUAACUUGUAUUAGUGAAGGUGGAUAUCGAUACAAGUGACCCAGGUGCUUCACGUGUGUCGCUUUUACUACGUGCAAUGUACCUGUAGAUUCAAGAUGUCGACGCCGCGUAUUUCAUGGCUUCCUAUGCUGUUUACGAUAUGAGGCGACGAUAUGGCCCCUCUGUAAAAGUGGCACUGGAUCAUUAAAAUAAGGACACUGCUAAAUCUACACGGCACGGUACUGUUGUAAAUGACAAAAAAUGUUGACGUACACUACAAUAUGAGCUCCAGUGUCAACAGUAACCUACAGAAAGCAAUCAUUGAUUUCAUCUCUGUAUAAUAUACUGGUAGGUCUGCAAUGUAUAUUCGAUAAAAUUAACUAUAGCAUUCCAUAUACAUUAUUCAUUAAAAGCCAGUAUACCGAGAUCAACUACAUCAACAGGUGGCUGUAAUAAGAUAACAUAGAUGCUACGUGGUAAAGUUACAGAAUAUGGCAGGGUCCAUGCGGAGUGUCAUUCGAGGAGUUUUCGCCCUCAGUCUUGUCGUCUGCCAGGUCAUCUCCCUCGUGCGUCUCGGCCAUGAAAACAACAUCAACGGAGUACUGUUAUUUCUACUUGAAUUCCUCUUAAUUUCAUCUCUUAUACUGAAGAUGACUCAUCCGGCUUGGGAUAUCAUCUACGAGUCGACACUCGGUGCUAUUUUGGGGAUUCUCACGGGAGCUGUUGAUGCCUUCGGUAAAGAUCGGCUACUCACGGGUGCUUCCGCCGAUGGGGAUGCAGACGACGAUGUGACUGACUAUCCGGUUGAGUCGUAUUUCACAGGAAUGGCAUUAUUCACAGAGCAUUUUCAAGCAGUUUUAGUGUCAGGUGUGUUACUCCCUAAAAUCGGACUAGAAGGCGUGAAAAUGUAUCAAAUGUGGGAAGUUAACCUUAGGUUCCACAACGUUUCAGACACGUACGGACUCACUGUUUUUAUUUAUUCGAUACCAGGACUCGUCAUUGUUCUGUGCAUCUUACUCUACUGUGUGCGACCGUUGGUGCUAGUUUUACCUCUGGCGGUUCUCCUGUAUCUAUCAUCAUUUGUAUUGGGGUGGUUUCUGUGUUAUUUGGCGCUAAUAUUCUGCAACGGGCGGAACACCAUAUUCCUCCUCACAACCGCUGCGCUGCUGUGGGAUUUAAUUUGGCAAAGCAUAUGGAUCUACAAAGCACAUGCAUGGCCUUGUCUCCCCGUACUUUUCACCAGUUUGCCUUUUCAUCUUCUACGCAGGGAAACAGUCUCCAUCUUUCCGGUGAAGCAGUCGUGGUGCCAUGUCUUGCACGAAAUGGCGCCAUCAUGCGCGUGGAGUCACUUGAUCAGUUUUCUCGUAACUUACGCAAUCACUGGCAUCAUUACAUCCAAAGAAAAUUGGCAAACGGACUUCUUAUUAGGAUGUAUUGUAACCUUCGUUAUUGGGGUUCUAAUAAGUGAAGAGAAAGAAAUUGGGAGUUGGCCCUCUGCCCUGGGUCUAUUCACGUUGACAAUUCUUUAUUCAUUUUCCAUUCGAAAAAUUCAAAAUCCAUUCCUGGUGGACGAUAUGGUGCUUACUGUUUGUAUGUACGUUGCCUGGAGACGAAAGGAUAAAGACUUCUUCAUAGACAGACGAAACAACGUUCCUUUAAAAACGGUUUCUAUGAGGUACUGAGAAAUGGAAAAUUCACAUUUCAGAAGAAAAGGGUGAAGUAAUGGGAUAUGUCUUUUUAAUUAUCAUUAAAGUUUAAUUGCUUUGUCACACAUUUUGUGCGCUAACUUACAGUUAAAGCUUACAGGUAUUGUUAUUGCUUUAUUUUUUUCUCAUUUUUUUCAGUAAACACUUU